CGAGUCUUAUGUUCUGUCAAGCAUAUUGGUUAUGCCUGUUCCUGCAGUGAAUAUGCAUUGUUCGGCUCCUGCCUGAUACCAUAUGCUAAUGAUCUUUCCGCCCAUCAUGACUGUCCCGUCCCUUUCUAUAUGUCCUUGACCUCUCGUAUACCGAGACACUCACACUUGCACACAAACUAACACAGCAUGUCCCCCUACCUUGAUGACCGGCCCGAGCCUCAGCCUGAACAUCAAUCUACGCGUCCACGACAUUGUAUUUCGAUACCAGAAGCUCCCAUCACAGAGCAGUAUCCAGCGCACCUACCGCCUGCGGACUCCAAGCUUGUGAACUCCGGAGUGGUCCAGACUACAUUUGCGCCCACGGCGGAUGCACCAUACGGAACAGAGAAAGAUGGAUGGAACAAGACACACGAACAUCAAACUGUCCUAGAAACACACUGCGCCUUCUUCGACCCGGACGGCGACGGCGUCAUCUGGCCAGCCGAUACAUACCGCGUCUGCCGCUCCUUUGACUGGAAAAUCCCGACUUCCUUGUUCUUCACGGCCUUCCUGCACUCUGUCCAGUCGUACAACACAUCCCCAUCCAUCAUACCCGAUCCGUUCUUCCGCCUGUACGUCAAAAGAGCAUACAUGAACAAACAUGGCAGUGGCACUGGCACGUUUGACUCGGAAGGCCGGUUCCGACCACAGCCUUUCGAGGACUUUUUCGAAAAGUUUGACCGUGAUGGGAAGGGAGGGUUGACCAAGUGGGAGUUGUGGCAUGGCUUGAGGAGGUCGAGAAUGGCAUUUGAUUUCUUCGGGCAGGUCUCGGCUAUGUUCGAGUGGGGGUUCGCCUGGGUGCUAAUAUGGCCGGAAGAUGGUAUUCUGAGGAAAGAAGACGUUCGCAGACUUCUCGAUGGCAGCUUGUAUCAUGAGAAGGUGGUCAACAAGACUGGUCAGGCAAGCAAAUGUCCGAGACCAACUGACAAUGGACCCGGAACGAUGACGAGGCCGAACAUGAAGCAGCCCAUGACAGCAGCCGAAAGGAAAAGCCAGUAG